CCCUCCUUUAGCUCCGGCCCGGUGACCAGCGAGCUGGAUGGGCGGUGCGUCGGAAUCUGCUCGCAGGGUUUCCAGCGGGGCAUGGCGGUGACAGCGCUCCUCGCGUCGUCUCUCCUCUUCCCGGGGCCCUCCUGAGGGGAGUCUUCGGCCCUUCGUGCUGCCUUCCUGGAAGAAGCCGGGCUAAGGAAAUGGCUUCUCCAAAAUCCUUACUGAAUUUUCUGACCUUCUCUUUUGGAUCAGCAAUUGGUUUUUUCCUAUGUUACUUGCUAUUUAAUUUAAUAUUAGAAGAACAAAUCAAGGUUGAGCCUCAUAUUCUUCACAAUGAUCCUCAUGGUCAUCAUUCAGAUAAUGAUGAAAACAAUAACCUGAAAGGACAAAUGAAUUUCAAUGCAGAUGCUGGGCAACAUAAAGAUGAAAAUAAAAAUAUUGCUGAAGAAUUGUACCGGAAGGUAAGGAUACUUUGUUGGGUAAUGACAGGUCCCCAAAAUCUGGAAACAAAAGCCAAGCAUGUCAAAGCUACUUGGGCCCAGCAUUGCAACAAAAUACUGUUUAUGAGCUCUGAGGAAAACAAGAACUUUCCAACAGUGGGAUUAGAAACCAAAGAAGGCAGGGACCAGUUAUACUGGAAAACCAUUAAAGCUUUCCAGUAUGUACAUGAACAUUAUUUUGAUGAAGCAGAUUGGUUCAUGAAGGCAGAUGAUGACACCUAUGUUGCACUGGACAACUUGAGAUGGCUCCUUUCAAAAUACAACCCUGAAAAACCUAUUUAUUUUGGACGAAGAUUUAAGCCUUUUGUGAAACAGGGCUAUAUGAGUGGUGGGGCAGGAUACGUGCUUAGCAAAGAAGCUCUGAAAAGAUUUGUGGAUGCCUUCAAAAACAACAAAUGUACUCAUAGCUCUUCCAUUGAAGACUUGGCAUUAGGCAAGUGCUUGGAGAGCAUUAAUGUUGAAGCUGGAGAUUCUCGAGAUACAAGUGGCAAGGAAACCUUCCAUCCAUUUGUGCCAGAACAUCAUUUAAUCAAAGGAUACCUUCCCAAAAAUUUUUGGUACUGGAAUUAUAACUAUUACCCUGCUGUAGAGGGUCCUGGCUGCUGUUCUGACCUAGCAGUUUCUUUUCACUAUGUAGAUGCUACUACUAUGUAUCAUUUGGAAUAUUUGAUUUAUCAUCUCCGCCCUUACGGUUAUCAAUUUAGAUAUAAUCCUGAUGUCCCUAAGGAUUCAGAAAAACAAAAUUUAAGUGAGGCCGCAAAAGGUGGUGCAAAAGUCAAAGGCGAAGAAGAAAAUCCUCCAAAAGCUUCUAAAUAAGAAGCCUUAUGGAAUGAUGUACCAACAUACUCAGCUCAGAAUGGCAAGAUGGCUUAGCUAAGUAUAUUUUAAAAAGUGUUCCUUUGCAUCCUUUUCUAAUAUGCUGGUACAAGGAUGUUUUUUCACUUGCCAGGAGACUGCAUGCCAUAGUUCUGUCAAAGUUCCAUGGAUUUACUGACACAUGGACUCAAACUUACAUUGAAACAAAUACUUUUGUUUGUAUUCACGUGUGGAUGUUCAGCAUUUUCAUCCUUUAUUAUGAUUUGAAGGUUUUGUUGCAUAAUUUCUUGAAAAAACUUUAUUAGAUUUAUUAGAUCCGAAACUGUUUUGCGAGAGACUCAAAUUUGUAUAUGAAGAAAACACUUUAUUCCAUGAAGUCAGAUGUGAAAACCCCCUACUUGGUUGCAAGUGUCCAAAUUUAAAUCUGAUUUUUUAAAAAUGGUGAACAUUUGUUUUUUAUUUCACAGCUAGGAUGAUUUAUACAGAAUAUAAAGUCUUAGAAGUGCUGGCAGAAAGAGGAGUAUAAAUAUGGUUCAGCGUUGUGGGCAUUAUUAUUGGAAUAGCUGUUGUCUCAAAAACUAAGUAAAACAAAUUUUAUUUAUUCAGAUAAAUGUUUUCUUUGAGCUUGUUCUGGAAUGUGAAUUAUGGAGAUAACACUAUAAGAAGUAGCAAGAAAUUGAUAAGUCCAGGUUUAAUUCUAUAUAUUAAAAAUAUUUUUCCUUCUGUUUAAAACUGGAUUUGUUUAAAUUAAAAUAUGAAGUCAUGUUGCUUAUCUAGUGUUUUGAGCUGUUCUUGGUUUUCAUUUGGAGUUAGAUGGUUAUUUAGUUAAGCUUCACUACUGUUUUUGUUAAAACUUUUUGUCGAUUGAAUUUUCUCUGUGCUGAUACCUUUGUCAACACAAGCAGCAGCUCUGUACUAGAGAUACGUAAAUUUUUUGAGCUUGAAAUACACUAUAACAAAUUGCUCCUGUCUUAUCGGAUGUAAUGGGAUGCUCUUUUGACCAUUCAAGAAGUGUUUUGAACUUGAAAUAUUUUACAUAUCACUAUUUACCAUGAACUGUGGAACAAUUUCUUAUUGCAGUAUGUAUGUGUUAAAUCUUCCUGGUUUUGUUGUGAUACUCAGAAAUCUUUGCAGAAACAGUCCUGCUAAAAUGAUUAUACAAGUUUAUAUUUCAUACAUCUUGUUGAUAAGGUAUGUACUGCAUAGCAUUUGCUGGCUAUUUUUUUGCUGGGCAUACUAAACAUUAUUAUAUAUAUUUGAAUUAAAUUGGGAUGCUGCCAAUUUAUGAAAGUGUUGAUUUUACAAUUGCACAUACUCUUCUGCCUCUCCUAAGUGUGGAAUAUUGUUUUGCUCACCGUGUUGCUCUUAAUGUGCAGUAAGUCUUAAUGAUGCGUCACAGAGCAGGAUUUAUUUAAGGAAAACAUGGACUAAAUGUGCUUGAAUAUAUGUUACAAAUUUGUACUGUGGAAAAGUUCUGGAAAAUAGGAUUAAUAGAAGGAUGCAAACACUUUGCUCUAGGUUUGAAUUUAUGAUUAUUUUGCUGUUAGACUAGUCAUGAAGAAAAAGUGAAGAAAGAAUGAAGACUGCCAAAAUUUCAAGAAGUUCUCAGUGACAGAUUGCUUUGUUGAGAUAAAUAUGUAACUAUUUUUCUCAUUAGCAGAUGAAUUUUAGGGUCAAACGGUGUUAAAUAAGAAUGUGGUUGAUAGUGCCAGAUGUUCUAUAUCCUGCAAUUUCUUAUUAUUGAUCUGUUUUCUUGCUCAUUUUUGCUUUGGUGGUAUUCAUAUUAUCUACCUCAAAGUAUUUUUUCCAGCACUUGGUAUAAAUUACCAGUGAUUAUAUGGCUAGUCUGUGGAGAAAGUAAACUAAUCUAAGGCUUUUUAUAUACCCUUAAAGUACCCUAAUGAUUGUUAAUUAUUUGAAUAGCAAAUGACUGAGAAAUAACAGCUUCUGACAGAAAGGACAACAGAAAUCCAGUUGUAUAAGCUUUCAUCAGGAAAAACCCCCCAACAAUCCUGGUUCAUUUCCCCAUCUUCGUUAAUAAUAACAUUCCUGUCCACUGCAACUUUUACCCUACUAAAAGUUUUCUGCAGAUUCCCUCAAUUAUGAAGUUUCUAGUAUUCAUUUGUAAUGAAUGUGUUUCUUUAUCUGUUAGUGGCCGUUUUGUUUGCUGAUUUUUGGACCUAGAGAGUCUCAUGGUAUGGGCAGUGACUAGUUCCACCAACUCAUCUCCACUCCGACUCCUGCUAUUCUGGCUGCAGUCCCUAUUCUGAGAGCACUUUGCAAAAUAGCUGUGAAGGUGAAAGGGCUGCUGUGGGAAGCUCUACAAUAGUGAUUCAAGUCAUGGCUAUUUAACAUUGGGAAUUCGAACAAUACAUUUGAGACAUCCACACAUUUUUCUGAUCAACUGAUAUUUUCCAUGCUUUAAAAUUGUCCCUGCCAUUAGAGUUCAUCUCCCAGUCUUGUAUUCUAGGCAGAGGUGCAACAAGAAUCUACUUGCCAAAUUCCGAAAUUAUAACAUUUCAUAGCUAUCCUGAUGGUGUUCUAAGAAAUGAAGAUUGUGGUAUUUAUGUCCCAAAAUUUGUUCUGUAGAUUGGCAUCAAAUAACAAGAUUCUAAGAAAGCUUAAUACUAAUUUUUAUCCCUUUUUUAUUUAUAUAGUAUCUAAUGUGCUUGUCCAGCUUGGGUGACAAAAUAUUCCACAUCUACCAAUCUUUACCUAAUAAGUUUCUGUUUAGGGGUUUUUUAAAGUUAAGUUCCUAUUACUAACUAUUAUUAGAAUAUUCUACAGGCCCUGUAAAUUUAAAGCAAUAUUCAGAUUAUUCAAUUGCUGGUAUAUUUGCUGCAGUAUUGUUUCAAACUUACGUCUGUAUGAUUCAUUUAAAUAUGUUGACAAAUAUUAGUUAUGACAGAGAAGGGAAGUGGUCCAAUCUUUGAUCAUCAUAUAUAUUUUAAAAUAGUACCAUAGAAGUUGAUUGUAAAGGUUUUUGUCUUGCACCAAAAGGGAAAAUGUGGAUACUAUAUAAAGCAACUUUAAUGUAUUUUGUGUACAAUAUUCAAUAUAAAUCUUACUGAAAAUACAUUUGAAAAUAUAAACCUUAACUGCUGAGCAGUAUGUCCUUGUUAAAAUACAAGUAUGAAUUUUAAAUGACAGGAAAGAUAAAUUUUCAUGACAAAUAGUAAUUGGUUUGUUCGUAUGAUUAAUAAAUAUUUUAAAAUAUA